GAGUGGCCUGUCGCUCCGACGAAAAAGCCAUUAAAUAUUCGAUCGUUGGACAGCUCGUUACACACGUGCCUUCGCCUUGUUGUGAUCGAUUUUUCGCGUCGAAAGGAUUCAGUGACUUAUCGAAAUGGAUCAGGAAGGACUCACCAAAGCACAGCAAGCUCAAUUGAGGAUGGCCUUCGAUGCCUUCGACCAGGAGAAAACUGGCAAAAUCCCAUCCGACAUGUUGGGUACGAUUUUGGGAAUGAUGGGCAAACAGCAAGACUCCAAAGCUCUGGCUGCACUCCUCGGGGAAAUCGAGCCUGAAAACGAGGGCGAACUCAACUACGAGGAGUUCACGAUGCUGGCUUCGAGAUUCCUGGAGGAAGAUGUCGACACGGAGGCAAUGCAGCAGGAGCUCAGAGAGGCUUUCAGGCUGUACGACAGGGAGGGCAACGGUUACAUUACGACCGAAGUAUUUCGCGACAUUCUCCACGAGCUCGACGAGAACUUGACUGACGACGAGCUCGAUAUGAUGAUCGAUGAGAUUGACGCUGAUGGAUCAGGGACCCUGGACUUCGAUGAAUUUGUUGAAGCGAUGACGCACUAAUGAUGAAAAAAACCCUCGCCUGGUCUCAGGUCCCGAAAUCUUGUGAUUUCUCAAUCGUUCCUUCUGCUGAUUCCUCUUCGAAGGAAUUAACCAAUUUCGCCAAAAUGUGAAGUCAAAUUUUGCUUGUUUUAAAGUAAAGCACGAAUAAUAUGAAAAAUUGAAGCGAAAGCUGCGAUUUUCUUCGGCACUCUUCAUCGUAAAAAAACAGCGAUCUCGUACACACGAUCGUGCGACAAAAUCUGGUGUGCAAUCAUCUCAUUUAUCUUCGCUAUUUCAUCGAGCCAUCAUUUGUUAAUAAACAAUAUUUAGAACCGCAAAUCGAAGGAUAAUUGUCGAUUUCUGCAUUCGUUGAAUCUGCCCAAUAAAGCUCUACACCGACGUGGCCAAUCGUUGAUUGGCCAAAAGUCGUUUGUUUAUCUAAA